AUGUCAGCAUCUUCAUCUGCAGCAGAGCGCAUGGGCGGCAUGUUUGUGGUCACCCAGGUAAUCCCUGCUGCUGCGCCGCAAAACAAUCCAAAGAAAAACAAGUUUAGCCAAGGUCGACCAGAGGCCCUGGGGACGGUGCAGAUCAUCAUUGGCCUGAUGGACUUCCUGUUUGGCCUCGUCAUGCUUCCCGACUACAUCACGGCUAAUACCGGUGUCUUUGUGUGGGGACCUCUGGUUUUCAUCACUGCUGGAUCUGUCACAGUGGCUGCUGGGAAACGGCUGAACCGCUGUCUGGUGAGAACAGCUCUGGGAUUCAAUGUUGUUGCUGCAGUUGCUUCAGCUGUUGCCAUCAUCAUCUACUCCACAGAUGCUAGCUACAGUGGUUAUCAUUACAAAGGGAGCUACUCGAGUGGAUGUGUUUCCUGUGUUCUGGCUGUUUUCGGUGUCCUGGAGUUUGUCGUCUCCAUCUGUGUCGCUGCCUUUGGUUGCUACGAUGUGUGCGGCUCCACCGAUCAGCCAAUCAUCAUGAUCAACCCAAUGCUCCAACCUGCUUCAGAGACUCAACAGGCUUUGCCUAAUUAUGCAAACGCAUCUCCCAGAGAGGACCCGCCCCUGUAUGAAGCCCCAACUUUCCCAAGGGUCGCACCCUUUUCAGAGUCAACUAUUGAGAGUGUGACGCCUCAGGAGUACGACAACGUCUUACAGAGUCCAGCUGCUGAAGAACGUCACAAAUAACCGACCAGGAUAAACAACCACCAAGCAGAGAACCAGCCAACUGCAGACACAAGAAAAUAUCUUAUAUUUCUUUAUGAAUUUACAUUUGCUUUCUUUCUUUGAACUUAGUUUAGUGGUCUGAGUGUAAAGUGUCCAUUUUUUUGGAAGGGUUUCAAAGUGGCGGGCAGCCUGUGUCCUGCCAACAGCUACAUGGCAUUAUCUCUGAGUUUGAUCAGGUUUCUGGAGGUUGCUAAAAUGAAGGCGAUCAUACGUGUUGCAUAC